AUGACUCUUCUUCGACCAAGCGCGAAAGAUGAUACUAAUGUUGAUUCCGAUGAAUUAGCUGGUGUAAUUUCAUGUUUGAUUGAUAAUACUCCAGUUAAUAUUGACGCUAAAACGAUUACUCCAUUCAAGAACGUUAUUAGUUCAGCAGGCAGAUUAGACGAAGAUAAUCAAACGAUUUUAAUCGCUAUCUAUGGUUGUUGGUUACCCGAUCAUCGUCUUAGAGAAUAUCGUUAUAUUAUGGAUCAACUUUUCUAUUAUGUUUAUCAUAAACUAGAACAACUAGUUACAAACGAUUAUGUUCUAAUUUAUUUUCAUGGUGCAACACCAAAACAUCGAACACCGGAUUUAAAAUUUCUGCGCAAAUGUUAUCAGAUGAUUAACUUUCGACUUCGAAAAAAUCUUCGCUCAGUUUAUGUUGUACAUCCAACACGAUGGCUUCGCACAAUAAUUGCGUUGUCUAGACCAUUUUUCAGUAAAAAAUUCUAUCAUAAAAUAAAUUAUUUAUAUACAGUUGCUGAACUUCAACGAGAAUUUCCUCAUAAUAACCUUUCAAUUCCUCCUAUCAUAGAACAAUAUGAAGAUACUUAUCUUGCUCAAUAA